AUGGGUCACAUGUCGACUAGUUAUCUUGUAGGUGCUAGACAGACCAGGAGUGCCCCGAGGGGUGAUAGAUCUUCUAUAGCUGGAAGGGUGUUUGCCUUGACCGGAGUCGAAGCUUCCACUUCAUCUGAUCUAGUGAAAGGGAAGGGUAAAGAUACUAGUAAGGUAGGAGUUGUGAGGGAAUUUUUGAAGGUGUUUUUGGAUGAGGUGUCUGAGUUACCUCCUACUAGGGAGAUUGAGUUUAGCUUUGAUCUGGUCCUUAGUGUAGGGCUAGUGUUGGUUACUCCCUAUAGGAUGGCCCCAACAGAGUUGGUUGAAUUGAAGUGUCAGGUGGAAGAUUUGAAGGGAAAGACUGACUACUUCUCCUAUAAUAGGACAGUAGUUGUAUAUGCUUUAAGGCAAUUGAAGAAUCAUGAGAGGAAUUACUCUACUCAUGACUUAGAGUUGGCAGCAGUGGUUUUUGCCUUAAAGAGGAAGCAGUUGGCUUUGAGAUGGGUGAAAAUGGGAUUUGAGGUUUAA